GCGAGGUGGCUUGUCUGAGGCUGCGCGUGUGAGGCUGCGCGUCGCGAGGAGUUCCCACGGUCCUGCCCAGCACCGCCGCAGCCGCGGGCUUCCGCCACAGAUUUCUGCCAUUGAACUCUGAGGCACAGAAUGAUUUGGGAAGUAGCCGUAUUGCUCAGCGUGGUCCUGGGCGCCAGUGCUGUUACCGUGGAUGACCCCGAGGAUGGGGGCAAGCACUGGGUGGUGAUUGUCGCCGGCUCAAACGGCUGGUAUAAUUACAGGCACCAGGCGGAUGCAUGCCAUGCCUACCAGAUCGUUCACCGAAAUGGGAUUCCUGAUGAGCAGAUCAUUGUGAUGAUGUAUGAUGACAUAGCCAACUCAGAAGACAACCCCACGCCAGGAAUCGUGAUCAACAGACCCAAUGGCUCCGACGUGUAUGCGGGGGUCCUGAAGGACUACACCGGUGAGGACGUCACCCCACAGAAUUUCCUCGCCGUCUUGAGAGGUGAUGAGGAAGCAGUGAAGGGCAAAGGAUCUGGAAAGGUCUUGAAGAGUGGCCCCCGGGAUCAUGUGUUCAUUUACUUCACCGAUCAUGGAGCUACUGGCAUACUGGUGUUUCCAAAUGACGACCUUCACGUGAAGGAUCUGAAUGAGACCAUCCGUUACAUGUACGAACACAAAAUGUACCAAAAGAUGGUCUUCUACAUUGAAGCCUGUGAGUCUGGGUCCAUGAUGAAGCACCUGCCCACCGACAUCAAUGUUUAUGCGACCACCGCUGCGAACCCCAAAGAGUCAUCCUACGCCUGUUACUACGAUGAGAAGAGGUCCACGUACCUGGGGGACUGGUACAGCGUCAACUGGAUGGAGGACUCAGAUGUGGAGGAUUUGACCAGAGAGACCCUCCACAAGCAGUACCAGCUGGUGAAGUCCCACACCAACACCAGCCACGUCAUGCAGUACGGGAACAAGUCCAUCUCCACCAUGAAAGUGAUGCAGUUUCAGGGGAUGAAACACAAAGCCAGCUCUCCUAUCUCCCUGCCUCCGGUCACACACCUUGACCUCACCCCGAGCCCUGAGGUGCCCCUCACCAUCCUGAAAAGGAAGCUAAUGAGCACCAAUGACCUGCAGGAGUCCAGGAAUCUCGUGGAGCAGAUCCACAGGCAUUUGGACGCAAGGCACGUCAUCCAGAAGUCAGUGCAGAAGAUCGUCUCCUUGCUCACCAGCUCAGAUGCUGAGGCCGAGGGGCUGUUGUCGCGGAGAGCCGAGCUCAGGGCACACGAGUGCUACCAGGCCGCUGUGUCCCACUUCCGCACGCGCUGCUUCAACUGGCACUUGUCCACGUACGAGUAUGCUCUGAGACACCUGUACGUGCUGGUCAACCUUUGUGAGGAACCUUACCCGAUUGACAGAAUACGGUUGGCCAUGGACAAGGUGUGCCUUCAAUACUACUGAAACACUGCCUUCCUGAUGCUUUUCCACGAGCGAACACUGUUCCUCACAACGUGUGCUCAGUCGGAAGAGGGGGAGCCAGCGGGAGGCCGCCCCAGGGGCUCCGGGCUCGCCUAGGGAAUGCGGUUGGGCCACCCACCCUGUGGGCCUUACCUCCUUCCCCAGCUCUUGCCGGUUCUCUGUGCCGUUCCAAUAAAACUACACAUUGGCCUGGGUAAAGCUCAGUGUGGAGAAAGGUAUAUUUGCUUUUUGA